UUGUUAAACAUAACCUUUUUAACAAGUGUUGUGAGCGCGGAAAUGUGGUCCUGCGUUUUUCACUAAUAAGUUUUUUUCAACUUUGAAAUUCUUACGUUCAUUGAAAUCUGAACCAUCACUACACCUUGUACAAUAAUUUGUACGUGUUUGUUUCUUGUUUAAGCAUACAACGGGUUGUUGGUUUUCGCGUUUGAUUUAUUUCACAUUUUGUCACACCGGGGCCAUUCAUAGCUUUGUUCAUUUUACGGUAGCAUGUUGUUGCUUACAACUAUGUCAUUGUAUCUUUCGUUGAUAGUUGUCACAUUGAUAAUCAUACCACGUCUCAUUAAUUUUUGUGAAACAAAACUUAAUAAUUUAUUAUAUUUCAUCAAGUUUUUUUGUAGAAUUACCAUGACUAUCCCAUUUGCAGACGAGACAUCUGAAUCCAGCGAAUGUGGGGUUUCGCGGGAUAAUGAAAAACAUCAUUACGAAUUAUCCUGCUCACCGGAAAGCGAUCUACAACUAAUCUUACAUAAUUUACUUAAUAUAGAUCUUAACACUUUAAUGCAUGAAUACGAAAAAUGCAAGAAAAGUUUAUUGGUUUGGUAUACAUUGGCAUUGUUCAUUAAACUUUUUGUAAAAUGCAUUUUUAACGCUUUAAUUAAUGAUACAAUGAUUCGAAAAUGUGGUCAUACGGUAAAAGUUAAAGUAAAAUGGAAAAGAACUCUUCUGACGAAUGAACAAUUAUAUUUAGGACCAAAACGGUGGCUUGGAAAUAUUAUUAGACUAAUUCGAAAUGUACCACAGACUAUAAUUCAAACUUUCCCAUUCUUGCCACAAGAUUUUCGCAUAUUCUUAAAAGAUGAGAAGUCACAGAGUAUGCAAUUCGAAGGUUCACGAUUCUCAACAUUUGCUACAUUUCCUUAUAUACCGGGAGUAUAUGCAACUAGGUUAGCGGAGGCUGGAUUCUUUUAUUCCGGGUAUGAUGAUGAAGUUGUUUGCUACAGCUGCGGCGUAACGCAUAAAAACUGGAAACGUUACGAUUUACCAUUAGAGAUCCACAAACAAAUAUCUCCAAAUUGCUACUUUUUAUUGGAAAUAAAACCACAACGUGAGGAAAGUUCUCAGACUGCAGGUGCUUGUGGCCGUGAUGAAAUUGAACCAGAUACCAGGACAUUUAUCUCAGAUGAUAAAAGUUUUAAUACAUCUUCUAAAUCGAAGGAUGAAAAACGCGAGAGCAGAGAGUAUAAUGCCUCGUGUUCAAAUCAAACAAGUUCUUGCAACGUAAACACUACGAGAACGGAAAGUAAUUCUUUCGCCACAAGUUAUUCAACAAAUGACACACAAAGUUUAAUCAGAAUUCCCCAAUUCAAUGCGCACACACAACAUGCAAUACUAAAUUCUACAGGAAGCAUUAUACACGGUGUAUAUGCAAGAUCUACGUUGCAAAACAAUCAAAGAGAACCAACAGCGUUAAGAAUAUGUCUUGAUAAACCGAAGUAUCCAAAAUACACAAUCAGAUCUGUAAGACUUGAUUCAUUUAGUCAUUGGCCGCAACAUUUGACACAGUCUCCAGAAGAAAUGGCUACAGCAGGAUUAUUUUUCACAGGAACAGACGACCAUUGCCGAUGCUUUUUUUGUGGGGGUGGUUUAAGAAGCUGGGAACCAGGUGACCAACCAUGGAUAGAACAUGCCCGCUGGUACCAGAACUGUACUUUUUUACGGCAGUGUAAAGGAGAUAAAUUUAUAGAAGAUGUUCAAAUGAAUAGAAUUUUACCACAUAAGAAUGAAAAUAAAUGGCAUCCGAAUUCGGUAGGAGAAACAAGAAAAUCGGUUACGAAGAAUGCUGAAUACAGUAAUCAUCCAGCUGUUACGGCGGUUGCAGAUUUAGGAUAUGAUGAACGCAUAGUAAAGAUAGCUUAUGAUUCGCUACAUAAUGCAGGAUCGACAGAGAUCACUGGAACAGUUCUUCUUGAAGCCAUAUUCCAAAUUGAAGAAAAUAGCAGAAUAAACGAGUUAUUAAAUUCAAUAGAAACUGGAAAACUAUCUGGCAAUGAUACACAACAGACAAAAGAAGACAACCCAAUAGAGGCCAAUGAAAAUAAAUCUACUGAAGAGACGACAAGUACUCCUGAUCUUGAACUGUCGGUAAGAAGCUUAGAAGAAGAAAAUCAAAACCUUAAAGAUCAGCAGACAUGUAAAAUAUGUCUAGAUGAACCAAUAGCUAUAGUUUUUCUUCCGUGUGGGCAUUUAGCUGCCUGUACAAACUGUGCGCCUGCUCUAAGAAGAUGCCCAAUUUGUAGAGCAUUCAUAAAAGGAACUGUCAAGGCUAUUAUGUGUUAACAAA